AUGGCUCAGGAGGCACAGAAGCGCGUUCAGGAGGGCGUCACGAAGCUGCUCGGUGACCUGGACAGCGCCGUACUUCGAAAGAUGCAGCAAGAGACCUUCCAGUGCUCGGCCAACUGCUGCGCCGACAAAGCCGCCUCCUCCGAGCAGGUGGCCAACUGCGUCGAGAGCUGCUCUACUCGAUUUCGAAAGGCGCAGACCUACAUUACCAAUGAACUGACUGGUCUUCAGGGCCGGCUAGAGCGGUGCGCCCUCUCCUGCCAGGACUCGGUGCGGGACAAGAUGACCGCGGAGACCACUGACCAGCAGAUGAAGAAGUUCGAGGGCCAGUUUGAGCAGUGCGUGAUGAAGUGCGCCGACGACACCGGCAAG